AGGCUGUGUGGCUUUAAGUCAGUUGUAGUCGUGUUUCAUUUUCUGAAAGUGCAAACAUUGAUUCAGUGCCAUUACCAUUUAUUUUUUGUUGAAAUUUCAACAUUUUUUCAACAUUAAUUGAGGGUGCAAAAGUGAUAUUGAUUCAAUGAUGUUAACGUUGACAAAUUAAUAUUGAUUCAACAUUAUUUUGAUCAUGGCUUGCUAUCUGGGUUCAGAUCACAUCAUACAUCUUUAUUUUAUUUCACAGCCGUUUAUUUAUUUAAAGUUAAGUGACUUACACUGAUGGAUUAACAAAAAAUAAUAAUUAUUUUGACUGUAAUUUUCACAAGAAAAUGUAGCCAAGUUGUAAUAUUCAAGUUGUAUAGAUUUAAUAAUACAAUGGUGUUGUUUGACAAAUUAUGUAAUGAGAGCAAAUGGGUUUAUGUGUUUUGAUAGUUUGUCUUUAAAUUUGAAAUGAAAUGAGCAGAAAUGAAGAAAACAACAACACCGUUGUUCAUUUUUCCGUUUGUUCAACAACAACAACAACAAAAAUAUUUCUGAUUGAUUUUUUUUGGUUCACUUUUUUAACCUGUCAAUCAAAAAAAAAGAAAGAAAAUAAAGUCAAAAUCUUUUUUUUUUUUUUUUUUGGAACAAAUGAAGAAAUUAAAGGUGCCAUUUUCAUUCAAAUUGAAAAACAAACUAUCAAAACGUACAUGGACCUUGUAGUUUCACCCAUUCAUUUAUGAUUUUCUUGAUUGUGUUUGGUGUGUGUGUGUUUGCUUUCUGUAUUAUUAAUAAUUUAUAUGAUUCAUUUUACAAUUUGAAAUAUUUUCUUUUAUUUGUUGUUUCAGGUUGAAGAACAAAAGACCUGAGUAAAGCCACGAUGUUUCACAUAGUUGUUUUUGACAACACCAAUGAGGUUGAAGUUGUGCCUUCCAUUUGGAUGAAAAAUGGAGAGUGCAUGUGGCCUCCAAAUAAAACUGAUGUAGCAAAAGCUGUAAAAUUGCAAGAAUGUCCUGGAGAUGAAUGGAAGCCCCAUAAGGCCAGAAUUAUUUUCACAUCACAUGACUACAAUGAAGCUAGACGGAAACUUCCUCAAGCUGUUGAUCACACUGACAUUGGAAGUGAUGGAGGGAACUCACCAAUUAAAUUUAAAAGAAGAAGAAUACCUAAAAACAUUUUUUUCCCUGGAGAGGAUGAUGAUGAUGAUGAGGAGAUGGAAAGCACUGUGAAAGAAAAAAAAUCAAAAAAAGGAAAGUAUCCAUUGCCCAGUGCUCCAAAGAUCGUCAGACAGCACAAAAGUCCUGCAUUAGAACCUGUAAAGCAAAACAUCCCCAAGCUUCACCAAAGAGGCCACGGUGCUCCUGAAUGUCACUAUGAUGACAUGGAAGGCACCCUGGAAGGAACAAUGUCAAGAAAAGGAAAGUAUUCAUUGCCCAGUGCUCCAAAGAUCAGUAGGCAGCACACCACUCCUGCAUUAGACCCAGGAAAGCAAAACAGCCCCAAGCUCCACCCAAAAAACCACAGCACUCCUGACCUCCAUCGAAGUGGCUACUGCACUCCUGAGCUUUACUCAAGUGAUGACAGCACUCCUGACCUCUACCCAAGAGGCCAUAGCAGUCCUGAGCACAACCCAAGAGACCAUAGCAGGCACAUUAUCACUGAGCGCUGUACAUCGAGGCACAUCAGCUCUGAGAUUCGUCCAUUAAGGCAUGCCAGCAGUGAGAUCCACACAUCAAGCAGCAUCAGCACUGAGAUUGGUAGAUCAAGUCACGCCAGCUCUGAGAGCCGUAGACCAAGCCAUGCUGCACCUUCUCUAGUCCCAUCAAAGCAUACUGAGCCACACCAGACCAGGGAGCAGACAUCUAGUUUGCAAACAUCCCUCCUGCGUAAUAUAUUAACAAAACAGGAAAUGAUGAUGGACCAACUGCGAAUCAUCUUCAAGACCCUGCAGAGUAUGAAAUCAGCUGAUGAGACAGAGACAGUCCUGGAUCGAAAUUUGUUGCCACUUAAAGAUGUCAGUUCUCUUCAGGAAAUGGAGGAACAACUGCAUAGUAAUCUUGACCUCCAGAAACAGUUGGUAAACACGCUGGCUCUCAAAGGUGGGGUGGACGUCCACGAGUGCAUUUGGAGGAUUAUGCAUGGCCUGAUUACUAACUCUUUGGCGCAAAAAAUCAACAUGAGAGGAAUAAAUGGAAAAAUUGGUUUCCAGCGCUUACGUUUAAGGGAUGUUGUGAUUGCGGCUGUGAGGCGUAACCGUCUGACGUCUGUGGCCACAGAAAAGGACAUUGAUUCCACCAUCAAAAGAUGGCUAUAUCUGGCCCCGGAUAGGGAUGGUGGCAGGAGAGAGAGGAUGAAGAGAAAGGAGUGUCAGGAGAGUACAACAGGUUAACGGAUUUGUGACUUGUUUGGAUGUUCAAGAGUUGUGAACUGAAUCAGAAGUUAAAAUGUUGUGUGCACAGUGCCACUUGUUCAUGAACUGAAUCAGAAGUUAAAAUGCUUGUGUGCACAGUGCCACUUGUUCAUGAACUGAAUCAGAAGUUAAAAUGUUGUGUGCACAGUGCCACUUGUUCAUGAACUGAAUCAGAUGUUGAAGAGUUGUGUGCACAGUGCCACUUGUUCAUGAACUGAAUCAGAUGUUGAAGAGUUGUGUACACAGUGCCACUUGUUCAUGAACUGAAUCAGAAGUUAAAAUGUUGUGUGCACAGUGCCACUUGUUCAUGAACUGAAUCAGAAGUUAAAAUGUUGUGUGCACAGUGCCACUUGUUCAUAAACUGAAUCGGAUGUUGAAGAGUUGUGUACACAGUGCCACUUGUUCAUGAACUGAAUCGGAUGUUGAAGAGUUGUGUACACAGUGCCACUUGUUCAUGAACUGAAUCAGAUGUUGAAGAGUUGUGUACACAGUGGCAUUGACAUGCAAGCAUUGUUUUUUGUUUGUUUGUUGUUUUUUUUUAAAUGUGAAACAAUAAAUAUUUUUUCAAAAUACUGUUGUUGUUCAGGCAUUUUUCAUUUGGGCCAAGGGUGUGUAUAAAGUGGCUAUAUCAAGGUUUUGUUGAGGCUGACAUGUGGAACCAAUUGUUUGGUCCUGAAUAGUACCAGAAUAGGGCCAGCUAUAGUCAUACAUUUGGCUGAGAUAUGGCUAUGCCAUGGGCCAUAUGUGGCCCGAGUUCUGGCAACCAGACCUGGUCCAGUCAUGUACCGUAAUUCACUGCUGUAUUUGGGCCAAG